AUGGAGUGGAAGAAAUGGACGGUACUAGUCGCAACGAUGUGGAUACAAGCAUUUACGGGUACAAAUUUCGACUUCCCUUCUUAUUCAACUCAACUAAAAACUGUACUAGAAAUUAGUCAGGUGGAACUUAACUACUUGUCCAUGGCAUCGGAUUUUGGUAAGUUGUUUGGAUGGUGUUCGGGUGUCUUGUUGCUGUGUUUUCCGACAUGGGUUGUUGUUUUCUUGGCUUCUUUCCUUGGUUUGUUUGGUUAUGGUCUUCAAUGGCUACUUAUUCAAAGACUCAUAUUCUUGCCAUAUCUCAUGGCGUUUAUUCUGUGUUUAUCAGCUGGUUGCAGUAUCACUUGGUUCAACACGGUCUGUUUUGUUUUAUGCAUAAAAAACUUCCCAAACAACUGGCCACUUGCUGUUUCUCUGAGUGUUAGUUUCAAUGGCAUAACCGCAGCACUAUACAAUCUCAUCUCCCAUAAAAUAAGCUCAGACGACAAAACUAAGAACAACUCUUACCUUAUUCUAAACGCCUUUCUCCCAUUGAUAACAUCCAUUGCAGCACUAGCCCCUAUCCUCCAACAACCCUACUCCCAAAAGGACCUCCAAAUAGAUGACACGCCCAACAAAGAUGAUACACAUAUAUUCACAAUAUUGUAUAUACUUGCAGUUGCUACGGGCCUAUAUCUUUUCUUUUUAGAAACAGCAUCACAAAAUAUACUUAUUGUAGCAAUGUUGUUGGUGGUACUUCCAUUGGUUUUGCCAAAAGUUGUUUAUGGUCUUAAACAGGCGCACCAUGUUGAAGGACAGAGUUAUAAGUUGGUUGAAAUUAAUAAUUAUGACGAGCUUAUGGAAGAUAGCUCAACUCCUUUAAGGGUUUUUGAUAGCGUGCUAAAGAAAGAUCAACUUAUAGUGCUUGGUGAGGAGCAUAGUGCUCAGUUGAUGGUCACCCGAUGUGAUUUCUGGCUUUAUUAUUUAACGUAUUUUUGUGGGGGUACUAUUGGACUUGUUUACAGCAAUAAUCUAGGACAGAUUUCACAAUCACUAGGGUAUGGGUCCAAGACUGAAGCACUUGUUACCAUCUAUUCUACGUGCUCCUUUUUUGGUCGUCUUAUAUCGGCUGUCCCAGACUUGGUUAGCUGCUAUUACCCGCCGCAGAUGAAUGCAAAAAACUAUAUUACUAGGACAGGGUGGUUGGCCCUUUCGCUCAUGCCAAUGCCCAUUGCUUUUCUGGUGCUAGUUCUCUCACGUAGUGAGAGUGGUUUAAGUGCAGCCACAGGGUUGAUCGGGAUCUGUUCUGGGUUCGUAUUUUCAGCAGCUGUUUCAAUCACUUCAGAGUUGUUUGGUUCAAGAAGCUCGGGGAUCAACCAUAACAUCCUGAUAACCAAUAUUCCGUUGGGAUCACUCUUGUAUGGUGUUCUUGGAGGUGUAAUCUAUGACAACCAUAUCAAAAGCUCUAAAUAUGAGGCUUUUGUAGGAGGAAAGAGGGUAUGUAUGGGGCGGAUGUGUUAUAACGAUACAUUCUGGUGGUGGGGUUGCCUUUCUUUGUUAGGUUUUGGUUCGAGUUUGCUGCUUUUUGUGAGAACAAAAGUAGCUUAUAAAAGAUAUUUUCACAGAAGAAACUUGACCUCAGAGGAGACUUCUAAUUUGUGAUUUGGAUUAUGCCCCAAAUAGUUGGAAUUAUAAUUGUUAGGACAUUCAUACCAUUGCUGUACAUAUUUCCAUAUUUUAGGAGGUUAUUAUGUACAAUA